GACUUGCAUUGUGGUUCUUUGCAGGUGUCUUUUCCCACCUGGAAACGCUGGAAGCUUCUGCCCGCAAGAAACAAAGGGAAAAGAGAGAACAUGAGGAGAACGUGGACAGAAUGAAAGCAAGGAUCAAGGAACUGAGGCGUCAAAGAGAUUUGCUGAGGGCCAAAUUGGAAGUGUGUCGUUCUCAAAUUGUUGGGGUCAAAGACAAAACCAAAAGUGGUCCUCUGACUUCUAAGGCUACAGAGAUUCAACAAGUCCUUCUGGAGUGGAAGACUGAGAGCGCCAAGGAGUUACUACACGUCUUUCGUCUGACAGGCCUCAGUGGGAAGCGGACCAAGCAAGGAGUCUGUCUGUGCAUCAGCACUGCCUUUGAAGGCACCUACCUGGACUCCUAUUACCUGGACCUCCACAUACGCCAGCCAGUCCGGAUCCUGCGCCACUCCGUUCCGCCCUUCAUCCCCUUGGAGCACAUCGCUCGCAAGCAUCUGCAGACAGACAUCAAGCGCUUCUUGUCUGUGCUCUCAAACCACCUGAACGCUUACGCUGGGAGAAAAUUCCAGGCAGAUCAGUUACAGGAGCGUUUUGCUGCUUUCCUUGAAGGACAUUUGCAGGGGAAUUCCUUAUACAACCUACUCAAAUUUAACUAUGGCGUGGCAGGAGAAGGUCAGACUUUCCCAUUCACAGCAAAACUAACUUACGGAGAUCCUAUGAGUGCCUUCCCAACCGAGGUCACUGUUGCAUGUAAAGAAAAUUCUCCAGCCUCUAUGCUAGACAUGGCGGCAGUUCAUUUGCCCCUGUUCCAAGAGAAAUCGCUUCAUGAAGCUUUUCAUUGCAUCACAACCUCAGAAGAAAAUCAGAGCCCAUCUUCUUUACCGGGUUUGCCUGCCUCUUCCACGGGCGUGACUUCCGAUGACAACACGGCUCUCUGAGAUUGCUGCAAUGUGAAUUACCUAUCAACAGUGGCACUUCUGCAGAUCAACCCUACACAGAAAACCUCUGUUCCCUGUGUUACUGAAAAGAUGCCUUCUAAGCAGCUGGCUGUUUGGAGUUCUCUGCCAGCCCAGUGGGCAAAGUGUGCACCUCUAAAGUGGUGUGCGUUAUUGAAGCGUGAUGGAAGCAGCUACCGGCAAAAGAUUCUGCUAGAUGCUGCUAAUCCAGUUAUGGGUGCGGCAGUUUUUUCCACUUUUCAACCUUUGUGCUUUCUGUGACCUUGUGGGAGUCAUUUCCAUCCCAUAUUCUUACCAUGAAAGGGGCCAAAGCAGGUUCAUGUGGCAGGAUUCACAUGGGAAACAGUUCUUUUAUUUCCUUUUGAGGCCGGCUAGAGUGUUUUGAUGCUGCAAUUUUAAAUGCAAGAAGCUUCUUGGUCACUGGCCAUCUCCAAAACAGCUGUCAACCAUGCAAAAGCAGCUGGAACUACGUGGAGAACCUUAAAAUGUAAUACGGAGUUUCCUUUUUUAAAAAAAUUAAAUGUUUCUACUUUUAUAAUACGUUCAAAAGCAAAUUAAUUGCUCACAUGGACAGUAAUGUGUACUUCACUGGUGAGGAUAUACAAGAAUCUGUAGCAUAUGUGCUUAUUGAUAUCAAUCUUAUAUUGCUCUUUAUAAAAGGCCAAUAGUUAAGCUCUAA